AUGGGAGUGAACUUCCACGAGAAGAAACUCGUCAGGAAAGCCCUCGAGAGCUUCUACGGUCUAGGGCCGCAGCUAUCCGCGCGCAUCAUGGCCAAGUACACAAUCCACCCUCUAGCCCGGAUCGGCACAGUCGCUCCCAAGACAGUCACAGCCCUAACAGCCGAACUAUCGACGAUGACGAUAGAAAACGACGCCAGGAGGAUAGUCCAGGACAACAUCAAGCGGCUGCGAGAUAUGGGCACGAUUAGGGGAAGGAGACAUGCUAUGGGUCUGCCGGUGCGCGGACAGCGGACGAGGAACCAGAUCGAGACGGCGAAGAAGCUGAAUACCCUCGAGAGAGGAGGCACGUACUCCAAGAUUUAA